AUGCUGAUCGGGGUAUUGAUGGACAGAUCUAUUGUUUUCUUCAACCAGAACGCAUUUUGGUCCCCUUCCGAAUUGAUUCGCGCUGAAGAGAUAUCUUCCUCACCAAAAGUCUCACGAUCAAAUGUGAUGGUUCGACCAUUGCUGAACAAGUCACUUACUUCUCUAGAUUCGAGGGCCUUACAGAUUACUCUUUUAAGUCAUGCUCAGGUACAUGUUAAAGUAAAACCGACUCGAUCGAAUGGUCCUCAUAUCUCCUCCUUCCUGCAUACAGACAUCGAAAAACCGGGAUCUCCAGGAACUGUUUACGCGACUGUCAGUGUUACAUCAUUGGAAAAUCCUCUGAAUAUCCACCACUCAAUUUUCGAACCAGAAGCUGUAGCCCUGUUUGAGUUAGUUCGAUUGGGUCAGCAAUCUAAAUGGCAGCUUCAGUUGAAGUUUCAGUAUCCUGCACUUUCAUUGAGCUCAAAAGUUGGAUUAACUCUCGAAGCGGUUGAUGCUGAAAUCGCCACAGUAGGGCACAUUCCAUCUUCCAGUCGGCAUUUCCUUGAAGUUACACUCCUGCCUCAAUUCGCGUUUCAAAUCCGUCUACCUCAAGAACUUCACCUCUCUGUCUCCGAGGUUGCUCUUGUUAAUUCAACUGUGAUAACAGAAACGGGUGCAGUGGUUGUGACAAAAUCCAUUGACCUUGAAACCCCGGGUACUGAUCGAUUGGAGAUUGCUUUUACCGUUGUCGAUCGAAAUAAUAUUCUAUUGAGUAGUAUGGCUGACUUGAAGCUAGUGAUCAAUAUAUUGGUUUAUAAUGAACACAGUCCAGAGAUAUUAAAUGCGGAAAAUCUUCCGGUUGGAAGUGAGGUACUUCAACUCGAAGCUCGUGAUCCAGAUUUCUCAGCAACAAGGCUCAAUUCUUGUAAUCUUUAA